AGAGCUUGCUGGGAGGGGAGGAAGAAGCUAGAGGGUUGAACUGGUCAUUUCAGUGCACUGCAGGAUGGCAUCACCUCUGACCUGGCUGUGCAUUCUUCUAUGGCUGGGAAAUGCCAUUGGGAAGCUUGAAGAUGAGGGCAACUUGUACUCAGAAAACAUCAGUCGGAUCCUGGACAGUCUGCUGGAAGGCUAUGAUAAUCGAUUGCGGCCAGGAUUUGGAGGUGCUGUCACAGAAGUCAAAACAGACAUUUAUGUGACCAGUUUUGGGCCUGUGUCAGAUGUGGAAAUGGAAUAUACAAUGGAUGUUUUCUUCCGCCAAACUUGGACUGAUGAGAGAUUGAAAUUUGGGGGACCAACUGAGAUUCUGAGUUUGAAUAACUUGAUGGUCAGUAAAAUCUGGACACCUGACACUUUUUUCAGGAAUGGCAAGAAGUCAAUUGCUCACAACAUGACAACCCCCAAUAAACUCUUCAGAAUAAUGCAAAAUGGAACCAUUCUAUACACUAUGAGGCUUACCAUCAAUGCUGACUGUCCCAUGAGACUGGUUAACUUUCCAAUGGAUGGGCAUGCUUGUCCACUCAAGUUUGGAAGUUAUGCUUACCCUAAAAGUGAAAUCAUAUAUACGUGGAAAAAGGGGCCAUUGUACUCUGUCGAAGUCCCAGAAGAAUCAUCUAGCCUCCUCCAGUACGAUCUGAUUGGACAAACAGUAUCUAGCGAAACCAUUAAAUCUAAUACAGGUGAAUACGUAAUAAUGACAGUUUAUUUCCACUUACAAAGGAAGAUGGGCUACUUCAUGAUACAGAUAUACACUCCCUGUAUUAUGACAGUCAUUCUGUCUCAGGUGUCCUUCUGGAUUAACAAGGAGUCUGUCCCAGCAAGAACUGUCUUUGGAAUCACCACUGUUCUAACCAUGACAACCUUAAGCAUCAGUGCUCGGCACUCCUUGCCAAAAGUUUCAUAUGCAACAGCCAUGGAUUGGUUCAUAGCUGUUUGUUUUGCUUUCGUGUUCUCUGCUCUAAUCGAGUUUGCGGCUGUCAACUACUUCACCAAUCUUCAGACGCAGAAGGCCAAAAGGAAAGCGCACAUUGCAGCCUCCUCCCCGGUGACAAUAUCAAAAGCAACUGAACCUUUGGAAGCUGAGAUUGUUGUGCAUUCUGAUUCAAAGUACCACCUGAAGAAAAGAAUCACCUCUCUGACUUUGCCAAUAGUUCCGCCUUCUGAGGCCAGCAAAGUUCUCACUAGAGCACCCAUCCUACCGCCAACACCUGUCACACCUCCACCACUCUCACCGACUUUUGGCGACACUAGCAAAAUAGACCAGUAUUCUCGAAUUCUCUUCCCAGUUGCUUUUGCAGGAUUCAAUCUUGUAUACUGGAUAGUUUAUCUUUCCAAAGAUACAAUGGAAGCUAGUAACAGCAUUGAAUAGCUUGUGGGCAGGACAACCUGUAUCCUACAAAUUCUCAUUUCUGCAUUUCUAAGAAAAUGCCACUGAUAUGCGUAGAUGCUUUGUAGAACAUAAAAUCAAAACUGAAAAAUGUGUAACACAUAACUUUGAGUAAACGUGUAUGGACAACAAGCAGUAAUAUCACCCUUCAAAACUCAGUUUAAGGUUAUGGAAAAAUAUGACAUUUCUGUACAUUAAAUAUUUUGGAAGAUUAAGAUGGAUUCAUGAUAAAUUUGCUAACCUUUGUCCUUCACUGUUCAAUGUUUUUCAUUGUCACUCUGAAAAACAUUUAACAUAAGGCA